GCUGGGCGGGCCUGGCGGAGCCAUGGCGGCCGUGCGGGGCCUGCGGAUCUCGGUGAAGGCGGAGGCGACCACGACCACGGCGGAGCCGCGCGGCCCCGAGCCCGAGCCCAUGGAGGUGGAAGAGGGCGAGCUGGAGACCAUCCCUGUGAGGCGCUCGCUGCGGGAGCUCAUCCCGGACACCAGUAGGAGAUAUGAAAACAAAGCUGGAAGUUUCAUCACUGGAAUAGAUGUAACCUCCAAGGAAGCAAUUGAGAAGAAGGAACAAAGAGCUAAACGCUUCCAUUUUCGGGCUGAGGUGAAUCUGGCCCAGAGGAACGUGGCCCUGGACCGGGACAUGAUGAAGAAAGCAAUUCCUAAAGUAAGACUGGACACCAUUUACAUUUGUGGAGUGGAUGAGAUGAGUACCCAGGACAUCUUUGCCUAUUUCAAAGAGUAUCCUCCUGCUCAUAUUGAGUGGCUGGAUGAUACCUCAUGUAAUGUGGUCUGGCUUGAUGAAGUGACAGCAACACGGGCUCUAAUAAAUAUGAGUUCCCUGCCUGAUCAGGAGAAAACAAAGAGCAGAGAAAACAAUAAGGAGAAGACAGCUGAAAAAAACAAGAAAGAAAAACAGGAGGAAAGCUCUGAUGAUGAGACAGAAGAAGGCGAGGUUGAGGAUGACAAUCCCAGUGAUGUGGAGUUGGAUGCCCUCUCCCAAGUAGAAGAGGAUUCUCUCCUGCGUAAUGACCUUCGCCCUGCCAAUAAACUGGCUAAAGGAAACAAGCUGUUCAUGAGAUUUGCUACUAAAGAUGACAAAAAGGAGCUGGGAGCUGCAAGGAGAAGCCAGUAUUACAUGAAAUAUGGCAAUCCAAAUUACGGAGGCAUGAAAGGAAUUCUUAGCAAUUCUUGGAAGAGGAGGUACCAUUCCCGGCGGAUCCAUCGGGAUGUGAUCAAGAAGAGGACGCUGAUUGGCGACGAUGUGGGCUUGACUCCUCCCUAUAAACAUCGGCACUCUGGCUUGGUAAAUGUUCCUGAAGAGCCCAUCGAGGAGGAGGGGGAGGAGGAGGAGGAGGAGGAGGAGGAUCAGGACAUGGAUGAAGAUGACAGAGUGGUGGUGGAGUACCGGGAUGAGCUGCAGGCUUUCAAGCAGUCGCGGGAGCGCAGCACCGCGAGGAGAUCCAGCGCCAGCGCCUCGGACUCGGAUGAGAUGGACUAUGACCUGGAACUGAAAAUGAUUUCCACCCCCUCGCCCAAAAAAAGCAUGAAGAUGACCAUGUAUGCAGAUGAGGUGGAGUCACAGCUGAAAAACAUUAGGAAUUCCAUGCGAGCAGAUAGCAUAGCCACCAGCAACAUCAAAAACAGGAUUGGCAGCAAAGGAUCCUUGGAGAAAGUUGCAGAUGUGAGGCUCCUGUUGGAAGAGAAACGUCAGAAUAACUCUGGGCCACGGCAGACAAACAGCACUGUCAAAUCAGAUGUGAGGCAGAGACUGGGAAAAAGGCCACACUCUCCAGAAAUCAAAGCUCCAAGCAGUACCUGUGCUCCUCGUCGAGAACCAAUCUCAGAUGUGCACAGCAGGCUGGGAAUCCCCAAACAAGAUGUAAAAGGCCUCUACUCUGACACCAGAGAGAAGAAAUCAGGUAAUUUAUGGACCAGACUGGGGUCUGCUCCGAAGACACAGGAAAAGACUCCAGAGAAAGCUGAAAACUCUGUGGCAUCUCCAGAGGAGGAUGACUCUGAGCUGCAGAGGGUUUGGGGUGCUCUCAUUAAGGAGAAAGAACAGUCCAGGCAAAAAAAGAGUCGCUUGGAUCAUUUACCCUCCCUACAAAUCGAGAUCAGCCGGGAAAGCAGCUCUGGCUCAGACUCUGAAUCAUGACUGUUUUCACAGCCUGACCCUCCUGGUGGUGACUCCGCAGCGUGGCAGGAUCCCCUUUGCCCAAAAGCUGGACACUGGCAAAGACUCUGCAGUGAAGGUUCCAGAAGUGUCUCUGUUCCUUUUCUACAACAAGAGAGGCGUAAACCACUUGAAACUUAAAGCAAAGCUGUUUUUCUGGAGUCUGUGGCUGGCCCUGUGCUCCGUAGGGCAUUGUCAUCUCCGCUGAUGACAGCAAACCUGUAGUGAAUUGUAGCAAAACAUUUUCUCCCCCAAGCUUUGAACUUAAAAAAUGAGACAGAAAUGCUCUGUAUUUUAAGGAGACCUUUUCUGUUCUUGAUAUUUUCAUCAUGGAGGCUUUUAACAAAAUGUUUUACACACUUCAUCCAAAGAACAGGGCAUUUCAUGAUCCAGAUCAUUGCCUUGCCCUUCUGGCUCUUACCAGCACUUUUCCUUUCCUCUUGAAGUAAUAACAAUAAAGCUUCCUGGGUGGGCAGCCAGCAAGGAUAAAGCAUGAAGGGAUUGAUUAUCACAUUCCCUUCUUCCAACACACUGAAUGUAAAUCCAGGUUACGCAUUUUAUUACAGUUAAAAUCCAUGUAGUUAUCCCAGUGGCACCACCAGAAUCCAAGGAAUCCUGCUCAUUUAUUUUGGUGAUGCCACAUUCUGCUGUAGCAGGGAUUGAGAUAUUCAGGACUCCCAAAGUGGAUGUUUGACAAUUGUGUAAAUCCCUGAGGGUUUGGGUUUUGUUUUUUUUUUGCUAUUUUUCCACGAGGAGAGAUUAUAUUCCUGUCAUUCCACCUGGAUUAUGUCCUGAAGCAAUCCAACAGCUGGAAAACAUUUUUAUAUUUGUGAGAAUCUUGCUGUUGGUCACAGUGAAAGUUCUAGUGUGUUCUCCUCUGUGCUGUUCUCUAUCUAUAUAGAAGUGAAAGAGAAAAAGAAAACUUUAGAACCACUGUCUCCUGUCAAUACUUUGGAUGUUCUUCCUGUAUAGUACACGUGGAUGUGGACAUGGGUGACUUAUUCCAUUCAGCUUUUUUAUCUGCACAUUUUCAUCCCUCCCUGGGUAGGACAAGGGUUUGAUCAAUGUGCAACUGCUAUUUUUUUUCUCAUGUUGCCAGUAAUUCUGAGUGAGGAAUAAUGCAGCACAUCACAUUCAGGUAAACAACAGGUAGCAAAACCAUUUUAAUAUUCUGAAAUCUGUUUGCAUUGUCCUUGAUCCUUGGUUCUGUCAGUCCAAAAUAUCUGAACUUCUCUCCCCAUUUCUGCUUUUUAACAAGCAAAUUUUUCCUUUUUUUUUUUUGCCCCCUCCCUGUUUUUGUACUAAGUUGAAGUAGGUUUGAGGUUUCAGCAAGGAAUCUGCAAAAUUAACUUUUCUUACGCUUUAUGAUGUGUGAGGAUAGCAAUAUGUCAAAUGAAAGGUCAAAUGACAGGCACAGCGACUGGAGGGGCAAGCUGGGGGCUGGCCAGGCUUCAAGCCUUACUCUUUCCUUGUUUUGGGACAUUCAUCCUUGAUUUUAUAUUUAAUUAUUGAAUAUAUAAAUGUCUCAUAAAAGUACUGUUGAGAGAAACGCCUGCAAUGUCUGAUCACUGUAAUAACUCAUUUUAAACGUGUGCUUUCAUUAAUAUCCUCUCCCCAAGCUUUCCCAGAGAACCACACCCAUCUCUCCAGAUCCUGAUAAAAUUGAUUUCACCAAUGUCUUUUUGCCAGUAAAUCUUUGUAUUGUGUCAC